GCGACCAACGUGGAUAACUGGAACGUACGUCGACAGCUUGAAUUGGUAGCUUUUCUACACUUUUCCUCCGUUUGAAGAACCACUUGUACCCACGGACGCAUUUUCGAGGUAUCACGGUCCUGAAAAUGGAGCGACGAUCAGCCAAGUUUCUGUUUGACGCGUCCCUGCUGUAUCAAGAAAAGUCCCCGGAGCUGUCGCGGUUCUUCUCGCAGCUAUUCCUUCUUAAGGAUAAUGCACAACAGAAUAAAACACUCUUGCAAAGCACCUCUGUGUGCCCGUACUGUUACCAGUGGCUGAAGCCUGACAAUCAUCGGAUACGGCUGUGGCCCAAACCACGUCCAUCAGCACGGGUGCAGAGCAUCCUGCUCAGGAAGGCCAGAGGAAAACGGCUGAGUCUGGUGCAAACACGCCUGCUGCUUCGCUUCCAGAAUUCCUCCUCAAAACUGAUGGCCACCUGCCAUGCCUGCAGCAAGACAUCCAGACACAAAGGGAUGAACAGGGAAUUUAUAGCCUCCUUCGCUAAAACCCAUACCCCACCAGGGAGUGCUGGCAAACACAAGACCCCUCAAUCUAGCAACAGAAGCAACAUGACAACCCCCAAGACUCCUGGUAAAGACAAGACACCUGCUAAUACACCCAGGUCCUCCAUCUCUUCCAAUGUUUCAGGGUCAAGCUCAACUUCCUCCAAGUCUUCUAAAUCGAAAAACUGGGUUGUCCAGCGUCUCAGCAAGAUUCUCACGCGGCAGGAGGGUGAAAGCAGCAAGAAAGGGGGCUUGAAAGAUUUUCUCUCCUCACUUUGAAGAUCUUCCCAAUGAUCUUUGUCUUUACUGGUUCUCUUAACAAACAUGGGAGGACUCCCAUGGUGCAACCCGUUUACAGCAAAGGCUAAGGGAAAACUAGAGCCACUAGCUUCAGUUUUCAAGCCGUUGUGGUAAGGGUUACUGUUGCUGGCCCGAUUGAAAAGAUGCUCCUAGAAACCUGGCAGUAAUAACUGGGAGCAUUGAGCUAUUAAGUAGUUCCUGCAUCUUCUGCUGUGUCAGACAGAGGAGAAUGCUUCUUCUGUCUAAUUUAAUCCAUGCCUCUCCAAAAUUGGAGUCAUCACUUUGCAGAAUGUUUGAGGAACUACUCAGUAUUUCUCCUAUUAAUGCAGCAUCACCCUGUAGGUGGUUUAAAUUCCAGUAUUCUUUUCUAUUUUGGAUUUUUUUUUUCUAAAAUUGAAGUCAAAUCAUACAUUUGUAUGAAACAUACAUACAUAUAUAUGUAUAUAAAACUGCUUUUCAGACUAUGUGAUGUUAAUACUAGCAUUUGAAUUUAUUUUGACUCCAGUUUUUGACUCUCUAGUAGGGAGAUGUGUCUAUGUAAAUGAAUUUGUAACGGUAAACAUGGCAGACUGAUAAAUGUAUAUAUUUUGCCAAUGUUGCAUUUUUUUAUGCUUAUCCAAAUUUUUUAUAAAAUGCAAGUCACCAAUGAUGGCAUUUGUGAUAAUAUUUUAGGAUAAGACUCACCAAGUGGCUGUUUACAUUGCACAGACCUGCAAAAAAUCUGUUUAGAAAGUCUUGAUCAUUACUGUUGUCCAAAUGUUUGAUUGUUUCAGUACUUGUUUGGCUAUAUGUACUUGAAAGGUUACUCUUCAUUAUUUGUUAAGAGCAGGACUUUUGAAUAUAUCUACUGCAUUUUGUAUUACCGGAUUAUGUACCGAUUAUAUUGUAGAUAUGCUAUUCACUGAGCAGUAUCUUUAAAUCCUGAAAUACCUCACAUUUAUAUUUAACUCACUGUGAUUCUUAAAUAAAACCUUUUCAGUUUAUUAAACU